GUUGGGAGUGUCAGAAGACAUCUGACAUGUCAAGAGUGUCUAGAAGUUGACGUCUCACGCAUUUAUUGCAAUACCCCCGUGUGCAAUCUGUUCCAGGUACGUUAUAACUCCAGUAAAAUGUCUAACUCGGGGACAGAUUCAAGUAUUUUUGAUGAAUAUGCUGGCAGCAGUACAGCUGAAUCAAGAACACAACCUGAAAACAAUUCCAGUGCCUCAGAUCCCAAUGCCUAUAAUAGAGAUCACUUCUGGACGGUUUUUGACACUAACAACACUGAUGACAAUGAUGGUGAUGAUGAGGAUGAAGAUAUGGAACAGGAAAAGAGUUCUCCAACACCAUGUUCAUUUAUGGAGGCAUUACUUGCACACAGAAUUGAAUACGAUAAACCCUAUUAUGAGGUUUUAUCGGAUGAAUUAACUUUUGGCUUUGAAGAUUCUUCAUCAGAUUUGGAUGUUCCACUGUAUCAUACGGAUGACUCAGCAGAUGAUCUAGAUAAUUGGAGUGACUCAGCAUACGAGGAAGACAUUGAAAAAGACAAAAGAUCUAAAUGCAUAUGGUCAGACUCUGAAUAUAGUGAAGACCACCUGACUGGCUCAAGUUCUGAUCUGGAUAAUUCUGUUCUUGUAAACAAUGAUGAUCAGUGGGAUGAUGAGGACGAGCUGUAUGAUUCAUCUGAUGGCUCCCCUUUAUCUGAUGCCAGCUACCACUCAGAAUGUGGCUUAGACUUCAGUAGAAAAAAUAUUGACUUCAGAGCAAUAACUGAAGUUGAUUUAACUGAUACAGAUGAUAUUGAUACUGUUGUUACUGAACAGUGUUUGAUAUCCAUCACCAAACCAUACCCUCCCAAUGCUUCAGCUCAGUCUCCUGCUGCUGGAGAUAUAAAACAUACUGUGGCAAAGAACAAACACAUUAGUGUGCGAUCAUGGAAUCUUCUGGAUAGACUGAUAGUUACACGAGAUGGCCAUGGCAUAUUGAAAUGGUUUGAGUUAAGGGAUGUACCACAGAAAAUGAAGGAGAGGGCUUAUCCUCUUUUGCCUGUGAAUCGUGCUGCUUGCAUUGGUAGUGUGGUAAUUUUUGACUUUCUUAUUGGGGAAGGAUUUGUCAUUGAUAAGAAAUACAACCCAGUCCAUGAGUGUGCCCUACGUGGGCAGUUCACCUUUCUAACUCACAUGUGGAAAAUUGGAAUUGAUAUCAAUCAGAGUAACAAGAAGGGGUCAACCACGCUUCAUGAAAUAGCCAGACAGUCUACUGAUCGUGCAGAUAUGCUCAAGUUCCUAAUUUCCAGAGGUGCAAAUGUGAAUGAGGAGGACCUCAUUGGUCGCAGUGCAUUGUACAUGGCAGUCAAACAUGGCUCCUCUGCCAAUGUUCUCACUCUUCUUCAGGCAGGAGCUGCCUUGAAUCGCUCUUUCAGAUAUGAGAAUGCCAACUAUGUAUCCGAUAUAAAAUCAACUCUUGGGAUGGCUAUUUGCCGUAGCUUGAAGAUGACAGUUUUGAUUUACACGGCAAAGAUUCAGGCUGGUGAUUACAAGCACUGCAAAGAAUUAGUAACAGCUGUAAAAGGAAACAGUGUCAACAUUGUUCGAUUCCUGCUGAGAAAGAAUGCUCAGUGCUGCUCCAAACAGCGUAAGUCACUCCUUAAAUACGCAGCCAAGAACCACAACAGGUCUGUGCGAGCAUCUAUGGUAGACAUGUUGAUCAGGGCUGGUUACAAUGUUGGCAAUGUAGAGAGGUGCAUCAGGGCUCAUGCCUUCCAUGGUAAAGAGGGAAAGGCUUUGAAGAAAAAGUUGCCAUUGUACACUUCACAAACAAGGACCCUACAGGACCUAUCUUGCUUCAAGAUCAGACAGAUUCUUGGAGCAUCAAUGCCAGUAACAGUUCACAAACUACCUCUACCAGAAUGCUUGAAGCGUGUUUUACAGCUGAAGUAUUUGUGAAGAAUUCUUGGAAUCAAAUGGUCAACAAGUCUAAAGUCUUUAGUCUUAAUCAAAUGAUUAUUUAUGAUAAUUAAGAUGAAUGACUGGUUGAAUUUUAUUGACUCAUAUUUGAAUCAUGUACACAAGUCUUUUGCUCAAGUUAUGAUUACCAAAUUGUUUUGGGUUAUAUUAAAGUUGUUACUGUUAUCACUUUAUUGGCAGUUAUUAAUGCUACAAUUUAAGAACCAUGUUCAAAUUAUUAUUGACUUUAACAAGGUUACACUCUCUGAGUUUACCUUUAAAUUAUAAUGCUGUAAUUCCAUGUGUGUAUGCUGUAUAGCAGUGUAUGAAAUAAGGCACGUCCGACCGCCCAAGACAGGCUAGAUUUCUGACUGACGGUCUACAAUCAUUGUGCUUGUAUGUUUAUAUCAUGUGCCCAACAAACAAACAAGCAUCCAAACUGAAUAUUAUCCUACAUGUGCUAAUUGCAAAUCAUAACAUGAAAGUCAAGUUGUCUUCUGGAAUAUGUGCUAAAGGAUGCAUUAUUUGAUUUCAAAACAGAUAUUUUGUAAGUGUAGUCCAGGAUUGUUAGAUGGCAUACAGUUACAAACAGAACAAGCUUUUCAUAUCUUUCGGCAUCCUUUACUACCGGUAAUUUUUGAGUUGGCCAAAUGUCAACAGAUUUAUUUAGUCCAACACUUUUGUUUGCUUAAAUCAUGUUAAUAGUAACCUCUACUUCAGGGAUAAUCUUUAACUGUCUUGAAAUUAUCAAUAUUUGGAACGUGUAGUUAGAAGUGGGCUCAGCUUUUGUUACAAGUUUUUUUCCAUAGCAUUAUUUUGUUAUAUUACUUUGAUUUCACCUUUGCACAUCAACUGUUAUGAAAGCUAAAACUUGUUAUGUCCAUUACACAGCUUUUGUUUUCGACAUGCAAUGAACUUUGGUGUAUGGGGAGUUGGUAGUAGGGCUCCAUAUGUUCUUUUUGUGGUACUUUAAAUUUCAAAUACUAAUUUAUUCGCAUCGUAAUCAUCAUUUUCUUAGAGCUAAAGGAUGAGGACAAUGAUGACACCUGUGUUUGUUUCAGGGUUUGAAUGCUGUCAACAUGGCUUUCAUAUUGAAAAACAAAAGGCUAAUUGGUCAUUGCAUCUUCAUUUAUGUUUGUAAUGAAGUUGUAUUUGUUGAGUUAGUGGUGAAAUUCAAGACAUAUAUUCUGGGGGUUUUCUCUCCCUAUUAUGACAUAUUUCACCAUGCACUUACUUUUUCUCAAAAUGCAUAUUUGGCUCAGUAAACUUCUUUGAAUUUUCCAGAGAGGAAUCUGAAGUCAGACUCAGCUUUCUCUCAUGCCGACAGAUAUUUCUCUUCAGAUCAUUAGAUUUUAAUGUUAGAUUUUAAUGUGAAUGCUGGUAGCAAAUUUUGUUAGGUUGCCGUCUUUGUUGACAUUUUAUUGUUUGGACAUGUGUUGCAGAUUCUGUGAAAUAAGACCUAAAGUUAUAUUUAUAUCUAUUUUAAUUGUUAAUGAGUGAUUGUGCUUUUACUUUGUUUUUUAGGUUGCUUAUUGUUACACAGUUGACAAGAGUAAAGAUAAUCAUGUUUUUA